AUGGCUUCUCAGCAAGAGCCACCUGAUGGACUUGGUCGAAAUCAUCGGUAUUUUUGUUAUGUAUGUGGCACACUCCUUCCACAUAAAUUAUCUGCUCAAGACUCUUUUAUAUGCAGGAAAUGCUUAACACCCACUUAUCUCUCAUGGUUCGUUGGGAUGAAAGUCGCGUUUGAUUCUGAAAUGUCAACGGAAUGUGAAUGUUUGAAUGUUCAUUCUUCUCCUCACUUCUCAAAGAUGCUUAUCAACGCCCAGAAAACUCUUAGGUCUGAGGAAGCUCUUAAGGAUGCUGGCGAUUGUCUUCCUGAUGCGAAUGCACAUGAUGGCCCAUCCGUCAAAAAAGACUGCCAUUAUUGCGGCAAUGAUCGAAUGACUUAUGUCACAAUGCAGUCACGUUCCGCCGAUGAAGGUCAGACUGUCAUUUACACGUGUACGCAGUGUAAAAAGAAAGAGAUUGAAAAUACAUAG